AUGGCCAUUGAAGCAGUUCAAAGCGUUCGACGCUUAAAGAAUCACCCCUCUCUGCUCGCAUACAGCGGAAACAAUGAGAACGAGCUCGGACUGAAGGGAUGGUGGGGUGUCGGCAACGACCAGCGCUACAUCGACGACUACCUGACGCUUAACGUCGCCACUAUCAAGCGCCUACUGGAGGCGGAAGACCCCGGCCGCCCCUUCAUGCUCUCGAGCCCAAGCAACGGGGCCGAGACGGUGAAGCAGGGUGGGAUCUCGGACUUUCCUACCAGCAACCUUUAUGGAGAUAUUCAUGACUACAACUACGGACGCCGGUUCUGGGACGCUGGCGCCUACAGUGUACCUCGGAUGGCCUCCGAGUACGGGCUGCAGUCGUUCCCGAGCGCUGAGAGUCUCUCUUCCGUUUACGCCGACGCCGACAUGCGCUACGGGUCGGAACUGAACGCUUACCGACAGCAUCACGCCGGCGGCAAUCAACAGAUGCUGAAUCUUAUCGAGAUGUACAUGCUGCCCCCUAACGGCACGGACGAAAGGCAGAAGUUCUCAGAUCUCAUCUACUGCACACAGAUUGUGCACGCGGUUGCCAUGCGAACCGAGACGGAGCACUACCGCCGCUGGCAGAGUCAGCUGACCAAUCAAGGGGAGGGGCACACGAUGGGGGCGUUAUAUUGGAUGUUUGCCGACAUCUGGCAGGCCCCAUCUUGGGCCUCUAUUGAAUAUGGCGGGAAAUGGAAAAUGCUGCACUAUUUUGCUCGGAAGUUUUUCGCGCCAAUCUUGAUUUCUCCCUACAUAAACAACUCAGACCUGAAAGUAUUCCUCGUGGUGGACGAGUUGCCUACCUUUGACCGUAACGAUCCGCUCGAAAUCGAGUUGGAACUUCAUCCGGUAAUUACCGAAGAUGAACGACCAUUCAACCUGUUCGCUCUCAGAUCCUGGUGGCACGAGGCGCUGGAGCUUCUGAAGACGGAGUACCGGUCUGGCGCUGUGCCCCUGCUCUCGCUGCUACAGGGAACCAUCUAUAUGCGCGUGUACGCCUGGGACAGCCUCGAACCACGCUUCACCGAGGAGAUACCUUUUCGGAUUUUAAAGCCAUCCCAGCAAGUGUUCACAGCUAGUGUGGAUUCGCUGGUCGAGAAAGCCAAAUGCGGAUCUGCCGAAAGCUGCUUCCUGUUUCUACACCUCGGCGACCCGGAUACUGGUCCCACAUCAUGGUUGCCAUUAACAACCAUUCGGGACACAAAGGGCCUAGAGAAACCGUAUCUGAAGAUCACAAAAGUAUCGACAGAUACAACAAACGCCAGCACGUUCAUCAUAGACAUUUCCACAAACCGACCAGUCCCGUUCGUUUGGUUGGAAGCAACAGGUGUCAAGGGUCGUUUUUCCGACAACGGGUUCUUGUUAUGUGAGAGAACCAGUUCCGUCCGGUUUUACGCCUGGGAGACGGUUUCGGAGGAGACAUUAAGGAAAACGUUGACGGUUACGUCGCUGAUGGAUGUAUACCGAUAGAAAAUAGGGCGCUUAAAUCUUGUGUGAUAAAGUUCAUGUAUAUAUGAGCCACGUUCUAGGAACACUUGGCUUAAUGCGUGUGCUUUAAGUGUCGUCCCAUAUUAGCCUGUGAAGUCCGCACAGACGAAUCAGGGACGACACUUUCUGCCUAAAUUUGAUUUUCACUUAGAAGAGACUUUCUUUAAACAAAAAAUACCGUGAAAGCAGAAUAGUCGUCCGUAAUUAGCCUGUGCGGACUGCACAGGCUAAUCUGGUAUGACAUUAUAGACACAAGCAUUUAACCCCCUUUCUAAAGAGCGCGGAUCGUUUGUGAGAACGUUGAAGCGUACAUCGUCACCAAAGGAUUAGACACUCCCAAUAUGCUUAAUGGUAUAAUUUGACAAGGUAGAAAGGGCAUUCGAACCCCAAAGUGACGAUCAGAAAUAUACUAUGUAAUGAGAAUGAUAGCCAGAAAUAAAACACUACUAAAGAUACUCCCACUUUGAUAAAAAAUGAGACUGGUUUUAACAUGAACGGAUUUUACCAAAUUUAGCUUCAAUGUUACAAAUCUGUAAUACUUUUGUACCAUUCAAAAAAUGGGCGCAAUUAAAAUAAGGUGCAGCAGAUUGAUAACCAGCACGAUGGAAAAUUGGCUACUAAGAACUGGAACGUGGUUUACAUGUCACUUAAAAGGAAAUCGCAGUUUUAAAACUACCUGUAGUUAAACAUAUUGUUGUAUUACAUGAUUGUAAUGUGAACCACCAUUGAUGCGACACAACUCUAAACAAGAUGAUCAGGCUACCAUUCACGUGUUUUGUGUCCACAACGGUGUCAACAACCAGAAGGCGCAAUCGUAAUACAUCGACUUUCUCCGGAAUCCUCCGUAGCUGAUUUUAGCAAUAAAUCGUCUGCGGAUCCAGACUGCCAGAAGACGUUGACUCGAAGGCUCACUCACAUCGACGAAAAUGUUGACUAUAAUAAUG